AUGCAAGGCUCAGAAGGAAACUGGUGCUACAACAAAGGUUCAAUGCAAGAACUCAUCAACAUUCAUCUUUUAACAAUAACAGUCAGAGAAAUUAUGGACAAAAUAAUUACAAUUCCAGUGCAGAAUUGCUCAAUAUUUGAGAACCUUGCUUGGAAUGCCAAUACUGUAAAGCUCAACUUUGGUUUGUUAAAUGGUGAAGAUCAGAGAAGCAAAUCAGUUUUACAAAACAUAAGAGUAUACAAUAGCAUGUUUUCAUUUACUUCAAUUGGUGGUAAGAUUGAUAAUUCAAUGAACAAUGGUUUUGCUCCACCACAAUUUAUUCUGAAUGGACAAAACUAUCACCGUAUUGGCAGUUUAUUGCCAGAGCAUGGAUCAAAGCCAAAGUUUGCACAGCUGUACAUAUAUGAUACCGAAAAUGAAAUGACUAACAGAGUGAAGCAUUUCAGAAGAGUAAGAGAUUUGUCACUGGAACAUAUGGAAUCAUAUUUCACGCUAAGACUAUUUAGAGGCAGAAACAAAGACCCUAGAGUCUACAAUACACCUUCAUGUGAUGAAAUAGCUGCACUUAUAGUUGGUGAUUUUGGCAAUAUGGAUGUAGGCAGAGAUAUAGUGGUGAAAAAAUGUUCUGGUGAAUUAACCAAACUGCACGAAACUCACACAGCUUUCAUUCCACUACAAUAUCCUCUCAUGUUUCCAUAUGGAGAAGAUGGUUAUCAAGAGGAUAUCCCAAUAAGAGAAUCUCAUUCAAAAACAAAAUCCAGGGUAAGAGUUAGAAUUUCUUUGCGAGAAUUUAUUGCCUUUAGAAUACAACAAAGAGCUGUAGAAGCAGGAAAUAUUGUGAAUGCAUGCAGAUUGUUCCAACAGUUUCUGGUCGAUUGCUAUACAAUGGUUGAAGCCCAAAGGUUGUCAUUCAUCAGAGCGAAUCAGAAGUUAAUUCGCUGUGAUAUUCUUAAUGGAUUACAAGAAGCUGUUAAUAAAGGAGAGACAAAUCCUUUUUUAAUUGGAAGACGUAUUGUCUUGCCUGCUUCUUUCACUGGUGGUACCAGAUACAUGUUCAACAAUUGUCAAGAUGCUAUGGCAAUUUGUAACAAAUUUGGAUAUCCGGAUUUGUUCAUUACUAUAACAUGUAAUGUGAAUUGGAGUGAAAUAAAAGAAUUUGUCUUACCAAAAGGCUUAUCAGCUUCGGAUAGACCUGAUAUUGUAUGUAGAGUGUUCAAGAUGAAGCUGGAUGAAAUGAUGACAGAUUUUAAGAAAAAGGACUUCUUUGGAAAAAGCACUGCAGGAAUGUACACAGUAGAAUUCCAAAAAAGAGGUUUACCUCAUGCACAUAUACUUUUAUGGUUGGAUGGAGAAAGCAAGUUGAAGAAUUCAACUGAUAUUGAUAAAGUAAUAUCAGCUGAAUUGCCAAAUGCUGAUUUGUACCCCAAAUUGGAAAAAGUUGUCUCAAGUUACAUGAUUCAUGGACCAUGCGGACCUGCAAGACAUAAUUCACCUUGCAUGAAGGAAGGAAGAUGUUCUAAAUUUUAUCCAAAAAAAUUCACAUCUUCCACUUCAAUUGAUGAGGAAGGAUAUCCAUGCUAUAGAAGACUUGAUAAUGGUAGAUUUGUUGAGAAGAAUGGAAUUAAGAUGUAUAAUAGAAGUGUUGUUCCUUACAAUCCACCACUUCUAAUGAGGUAUCAAGCACACGUCAAUACAGAGUAUUGCAACAAGACCAAUUCAAUUAAAUAUUUGUUCAAGUAUGUGAACAAAGGUCCCGACAGAGCUACUCUUAAAAUAAGCAACAACUCUGCACAGUCUGAAAAAUCAACCAUUAUUGAUGAGAUCAAAAGGUAUUACGAUUGUAGGUAUCUAUCACCAUGUGAAGCUGCUUGGAGAAUAUUUGCUUUUGACAUCCACCACAGAUGGCCUCCUGUUCAGCGAUUGACCUUUCAUCUUCCUGGCCAACAAUCAGCUUUGUUUAAAGAUGAUGAUGAUAUUAAUGUGGUCUUCAACAGAUACGAAAAUGCUAACACAAUGUUUCUAGCUUGGUUUGAGGCUAAUAAAGUUUAUGAGGAAGGAAAACAAUUGACUUAUUCAGAAUUUCCAAGCAAAUUUGUGUGGUUUGCCAAAGAAAAAGAAUGGAAACCAAGGAAGAAAGGCUACAACAUUGGUAGACUGACUUAUAUUCCUCUUGGUUCUGGAGAACUUUAUUAUUUGAGGAUAUUACUGACCAUUCAAAAAGGUUGUAUUGAUUAUGAAAGCAUUAAGACAAUUGAUGGAAAGUAUUAUGAAACAUACCAAGAAGCUUGCUAUGUUUUGGGAUUGUUGGCUGACGACAAAGAAUAUAUUGAUGCAAUCAAAGAAGCAAGUGAAUUUGCUUCUAGGUAUCAACUUAGAAGAUUAUUUGUUACUUUGUUGUCGAUGAAUGCAAUUUCUAAACCAGAUAUAGUUUGGAAUUCUACUUGGAGUCUUCAAAUUCAGAAUGCUGAAUUACAAAUGGUAGAAGUUUGA